AUGCAGAUCUGUGGAUCCAGAACAGCACCUGAAGUAGCUCAGAGGUCAUUCAAGGCUCUUGGCCCAGUGUCUUGGAAGAAAUUGGAUCUGAAGAUGGCAUCUAGGGUGCUAUGGGGCAGCCUCAGCCUGCUCCGCCUGCUGUGGUGUCUCCUUCCACAGACAGGCUAUGUGCACCCAGAUGAGUUCUUCCAGUCACCUGAGGUCAUGGCAGAGGACAUCCUGGGCAUAGAGGCUGCCCGGCCUUGGGAGUUUCAGCCCAGCAGCUCCUGCCGCACCGUGGUCUUCCCACUGCUGACCUCUGGCUCUGCUUUCUGGCUGCUCAGGCUCUGGGGAGAGUUGGGACUGUGGCCCAUCCCAGUGAGUGGCUACGUGCUGCUGGUGGCACCCCGGCUCCUCCUCACUGCCCUCUCCUUUGCUCUGGAUGUGGCUGUGUACCACCUGGCCCCACUGUGGAGGGCAGAGCGCUGGAAUGCCCUGGUCCUGCUGUCUGGUUCCUACGUCACCCUGGUCUUCUAUACAAGGACCUUCUCCAAUGCCAUCGAGGGACUGCUCUUUGCAUGGCUGCUGGUACUGGUAUCCUCCCGUGUAGCUUGGAGCCCCACAACCAAAGAACCUGCUCCGUGGUGGCACAGCUGGCUUCUCGGCAGUAUCGUGGCGGCUGGCUUCUUCAACCGGCCCACCUUUCUGGCCUUUGCUCUGAUCCCCAUCUUUCUCUGGGGCAUUUGCAGAGCCACGAACCCUGCCUUCAAGUCACUGACCAAGGAAGCCCUGGGGCUCCUCCCAGGAUCAAUCCUCACCGCAUCAGUGUUUGUGGCUGUGGAUAGCUGGUAUUUCUCCACUCCCUCUAGAUCCAGGGUCCUUGUCCUGACGCCUGCCAAUUUCUUACACUACAACCUGGAUCCUCAAAACCUGGUGAAGCAUGGCACACAUUUUCGGCUCACUCACCUGGCAGUCAAUGGCUUUCUGCUUUUUGGGACGCUGCAUGCCCAGGCCCUGCAGGCUGGGUGGCAAGAGCUGCAAGCCUGCCUCCAGGCCUUUGUACAAACAGGCUUUCGGAGGGUGCCAGAUGCCCAGAGUCUACUGUCCAGCCCCAGGUCUCACCUCCUGCUCUUCUACUUCCUGCCCCUGGCCCUGCUGUCUGCUUUUAGCCACCAGGAGGCUCGGUUCCUGAUCCCCCUUCUGGUCCCCUUGGUCCUGCUUUGUAGUCCACAGACCCAACCUGUGCCCUACAAGGGCACCCUGGUCCUCUUCAAUGUUCUGGGUGCCCUCUUCUUUGGCUGCCUGCACCAGGGGGGUCUAGUACCUGGCCUGGAACACCUGGAGCGGGUGGUUCAUGCACCUGUGCUCCCAAGUGUACCUACCCACUACACACUCCUCUUCACCCACACCUACAUGCCUCCCCGACACCUCCUACAUAUCUCAGGUCUGGGAUCACCUGUGGAGGUGGUGGACCUGGGUGGGACCGAGGACUGGGUACUGUGCCAAGCACUGAACAACUUCACCAGACAACCAGCCUGCCAGGUGGCUGGUGGACAGUGGCUCUGCCGCCUUUUUGUGGUGACUCCUGGCACCACCAGGCCUGCCAUGGAGAAGUGCAGUUUUCCCCUCAAGAGUGAGACACUUGUGUUUCCCCACUUGACCCUUGAGGACCCACCAGCCCUGUCCUCCCUGCUGAGUGGGGCUUGGAGGGACCAUCUCAGCCUUCACAUCCUGGAGCUAGGAGAGAAGCCUGACAACACGACAGAAAAUCUACUGCCAUAGGUGAAGGCACCACUCCACCUUCUGUGUAGGUAGCUGGGCUGGGACAGAGCCCUGAGUCUCUUCCAUUCCUUUCCUUUCCCUUCCAGAACUCCCACCACUGCCUUUCCUACACAGCCCUCAGCUGUUUUACCUUCUGGGUAAUCUGACAUCCUUUUCCCCUCAAAGACCAAAGAUCUGACUGGUCAAGGUCCCUAAAGAACCUGGUAUAACCAAUGGCCCCCAGUGGUUCCUGCCCUAUUCCUUCUAGCCACUGUGCUGUUUUAAAUAUAUGGUAGCAUCUGGUUGUGAAGAGACAAUCAUGUGCUAAUGACAUUCCUCAAUGACCUCCAAAUCUUCAGGAUGCCUUACCUCUUGCUGCCAUGACAACCUUUUGGCUUCCUAGACACCUAGAAGGAGGCAGUGGGAAUGUAGAGAGAGUAGGAAGCUCAGAUUCAAGGGACCUGAGUUCUAAUCCCUGGUCUGACACUCACUGGCUCUGUGAUCUUAAGAAAGCUUCUUCCCUUACCCAGCCUCAGUUUCCCAACCUGUACAAUGGAUCAGAGGAUCUCUGAGGUGUCUGCCAGCUAACACUGUGUCUGUCAUUCCUGGGUCUGCAACACAUGUCCCCUGGCUAGAUAGGCAUGUCUCUCCCAUGAUCUUUAAGCAUAGAAGUAGGUGUGGUGGUGUAAUUAAUUGUACUUUUAUGCCUGCUGCCUUAGUGUUUGGCUAUUACUAAAAAAAAAAAAAAAGAUUUGGAAUAUUUCUUUCCACUGCCUUCUACUCCUCUCCAUCAAUGGCAGUGGGACACUUUGGCCUGUCAUCCUUUAAGGAUCAUCCUCCUGGAUAAAGGAUCAUUCUUCCUUUAAGAAUCAUUUUUCCUCCUGAGCCCACCACACUCAGAGUGGAGGACACACAAUAGUCAGCUUCUAGCAGCACCUGACAACCUGGUGCUCCCAGAAGCCUUUCUUCUUAAAUGUGAUCUGGUUCUUCCCAAGCUCAAAGGCCUUGUCUAAAACCCCUCUUCACAGGAUAGAGAGCGGACCCCAUGCCAAACCAACACGUGCUGCUUUGAUGGAAGCUAUCAUACCCCUGAGCAUGCUGCUCCCAACACAGGUACUCUCUACCCAGUCCACUGGGGACAUGAGGAGCUGUGGUACUACACCUGUCCUUAUUCUCCCACCUCACACCUCUGCCAUCUUAUGAGAACAAGAGGCAACAGGGCCACAGAGACCAGUGAGCUGGAGGUCAGCACAGAGCAGGACACCAAACCUAUACAAAUGACCAAACCUGAGUCCUUUCCUAGUCUUGCCUUUUGCUGGCUAAAGCCUUGUGUAAUCUUAAAGCUACACCCCUCACAGGCAUGCUGUUCUGUGACUGCUGUUAGGGUCUUAGUGCCAUACCUUUCUCAUGACUCCAAUCCUAGGAAGAGGAAAUUCAUUGGUAGGCUGGUAAAUGUGUAGCAACCUGUUUUCUGGGGCAACCCCCCACCCCCCUGCAAUUUUAGCAUUUGCCUAUUUCUGUGGUGUAAAUACUCUCACACGGCUAUUUCAAACUACUAAAUUGAUGUUACUGAAUUCCAAGCUGGGAGGAGAUACCAAGGAUCUACUCUCAUGAAGCAGCACAAACUGGCUCUAGAACACUAUUGGACAUUUGCUUCCUUUAAACUCUAGAGACUCAUUCGUAGCAAUUCAUUAUUCUUGUAGUUUAUGUUUCUGCUACAAACAUCUUGACUUGUCUUCCUACCCCUAAGGUAUCAUCUCUGGCAAAUGAUAAGCACAUAUUUAUUUUGCAGCCUAAAAUGGCAUUUCUGUCCAUAGAUAUAAAACCAAGUGCCAUGUCAGAGACACCCAAGACACUAGGAUCCCAAACUCCUCCGGCUUCUGCCUCUUCCCUUUCCCAAUUGAGUCCACAACCUCAGAAUUCCCUGGAAAAACUGUUGGUGUAGAUUGUGGUGGUCUGAGCUCUAUUAAAUUUGUCAUUAAAAUGUAUCUGUGUGGCAUCAAAAGGUGAGCUGAAAUUGCCCUGCACUGCAGGGUCUGCAGAAUGAGGGGGUGAGCUGCUUCCCUCUCUGGCAGAGCUUAGGAGAGCUUGAAUGGCACGCUGGGAGGCUGUUGUCGGGGUUGGGAGGAUUUGGUCUGUUUCUUUAGUAGUAAGGUAAUUGGUGAGAAGGCAAGCCACUAAUACAAACACUGAGGUUUUUAUAAUGAUGUGGGGAGACAUCCCAAUGAUCUCUGGUUGGAGCAGAAAGGACAGUUUUCUCUCUACUCUCAGACGCCUUCUACAGAAAUGGAAGGAACUUAAAGUUCUUAAAUACUCCUUCCACAAAAAAUAAGCAAGUGCUCCCUUCUCUUGCUUUCCUUCCUUUCUAAAUGGCCAGUUUGCCUUGAAAUUUCAUUGCUUCCUGCACCUCUUCCCUUUCUGUCUCUUCUAGAAAAAGACAGUGAGUGUGCUUGUUUAUGUUGAAGGUAGGGAUUUGAGCUGAGGAAUGCUAAUAUUGUGCUGUUCUGAUAUCCAGAGACCAAUGGAUAGGACUGAGACCAAAGAGACAGACAAGACAGUAGAGUGAACAAGCUCCUCAGGCUCACCACUGCCAGGCUUCAAGAAUCCCGUGAGUUGCCUCUGGUCUAGAAGAAGGAUAUAUCCUCUUAGAGGAGAAGAGGGUAGUAUGCCAAACCAGGAUUUUUGUCAUUAGGGGAAUUGGACUUCUGGCCUCAGGGAGGAUUAAAUAGUACCUCUGAUGGGAAGGCUGAAGGGUGGGAUGCCAAGCAGGAGUUUGACCAUUAGGAAAGUGGAGGACAAGCUACUUUCAUUCCUUCAUCCUCAGUGUAGGUCUCCAGCCCUAUCCAGCUCCUCGUGACUAUCAGAAAAGCCAGAGUAUAAAUCUGUUUGGUCACCAAUCAGUCUAAAAGCUUCUCCCCUGGCUUUGACCUUUCUAGAUUGCAUGAAUAACUGUGUAGCCUAAUUAGAGGUGAUCAGCCUCUAAUGGCAGGACAUUUCUGAAUACAAUGGAUUUUCCUACUACUGAGUCCAUUAGCUGCACCAUAAUGUUUAUAUUGUAUCCUUGACCCUCUAAAAUGGUGAAUAGGAAUCCAGAUAGCUUGUUCCAUGGUAGGCAGUAGUCCUUACAACCAGUGGUGAUGGUGGGGAGUAGGAAGGCAGGCACUGAAGGUCAGAGUAAAUGCUACAGAGAGCUAUGGACUUAGGCCCUGGAGUCAAACGCCUGUAUUCACAUCCCGCUCUGUAAGCAGCCUACCCUUUCCGAAAUGAAAGUGGCUGUAAGGAUUAAGUGAG